UGGACAGUAACCCGAUGGUGUCAUCUCUGCUCAGCAAGCUGGCCAACUACACCAACCUGACCCAGGGUGUCCGAGAGCACGAGGAGGCAGAGAACGAGGAUGGGGUCUCCCAAAUGGGAACCUUCAUUGGAGUUUACCUGCCCUGCAUGCAGAACAUCCUGGGGGUCAUUCUCUUCCUGCGUCUCACCUGGAUCGUUGGGACAGCGGGAAUCCUGGGCUCCUUCGCCAUCGUCUUCAUGUGCUGCAUCUGUACAUUGCUCACAGCCAUAUCAAUGAGUGCCAUAGCAACCAAUGGAGUUGUCCCAGCCGGUGGCUCGUACUACAUGAUCUCCAGAUCUUUGGGUCCUGAGUUUGGAGGAGCAGUGGGACUCUGUUUCUAUCUGGGCACCACCUUCGCUGGAUCCAUGUACAUACUGGGCACCAUAGAGAUUCUACUGACGUACAUCGUUCCAACAGCAACAGUAUUUAAAGAAGGGGAAGACGCAGCAAGGCUCAAUAAUAUGCGAGUGUACGGCACAUGCUGCUUGGUCCUAAUGGCGCUGGUUGUGUUUGUGGGAGUGAAGUAUGUGAACAAACUGGCUCUGGUGUUUUUGUCUUGUGUGAUUCUCUCCAUCAUGGCCACUUAUGCAGGAGUCAUCAAGACGCUCAUCGAACCACCUGAGUUUAGUGUGUGUUUGCUGGGGAACCGCUCACUGAAGAAUGAAAAGUUUGAAACAUGCACAAAGACGGAGCUCUGGCCGCUCUUCUGUGACAGUGAAUACCCCAAUGCCACCUGCGACGAAUACUUCAUCUUGAAUAACCUGACAGAAUUACAGGCCAUACCCGGGCUUCUGAGUGGAGUCAUCAAAGACAACGUGUGGGGGAACUAUGGUCCAACUGGAAUGUUGAUAGAGAAGCAAACCCAGCCUUCAGUACCGGUCCAGGAAACAUCUAACGACAUCUCCAAGCAUUACGUCUUCAAUGACAUCACCACUUACUUCACUCUGCUGGUGGGGAUAUACUUCCCCUCUGUCACAGGUAUAAUGGCUGGCUCUAAUAGGUCUGGUGAUCUCAGAGAUGCCCAGAAGUCGAUCCCAAUAGGAACAAUAAUGGCGAUUCUCACCACCUCUUUCAUCUACAUCUCCUGUGUGGUCUUGUUUGGAGCCUGUAUUGAAGGAGUGGUACUGAGAGACAAGUUUGGUUACUCUGUAAAGAAGAACCCAGUGAUUGGUAUUCUGGCCUGGCCGUCACCCUGGGUGAUUGUGAUAGGCUCCUUUUUCUCCUGCUGUGGGGCAGGACUUCAGAGCCUCACCGGCGCCCCCCGGCUGUUGCAGGCCAUCGCUCGGGACGGCAUCAUCCCAUUCUUACAGGUCUUUGGUCAUGGGAAGGCCAACGGUGAGCCGACCUGGGCUCUGUUGCUGACAGUGGGGAUCUGUGAGAUAGGAAUCCUCAUCGCUUCUCUGGACGCUGUGGCCCCCAUCCUCUCCAUGUUCUUCCUCAUGUGUUAUCUGUUUGUCAACCUGGCCUGUGCGGUACAGACAUUGCUCCGUACACCCAACUGGAGACCUCGGUUCAAGUUCUAUCACUGGACGCUGUCCUUCUUAGGGAUGAGCCUGUGUCUCUCACUAAUGUUCAUCUCCUCCUGGUACUAUGCCCUGGUUGCCAUGGUGAUAGCGGGAUGUAUCUACAAGUACAUUGAGUACAGAGGGGCAGUGAAGGAGUGGGGAGAUGGUAUUCGAGGCCUGUCCUUAAACGCAGCACGCUACGCUCUUAUCAGACUGGAGGAGGCACCACUACACACCAAAAACUGGAGGCCUCAGCUGCUGGUGUUGUGUAAGCUGGACACAGACAUGAUGGUCAAACACCCUCGUCUCCUGUCCUUCACCACACAGCUCAAAGCUGGGAAGGGACUGACCAUUGUCUGCUCGGUCCUGGAGGGAACUUACAUGACGCGGGGCAACCAGGCUAAGUUGGGAGAACGGAACCUGAAAGCCGCCAUGGCUGCAGAGCGAACCAAGGGUUUUUCCCAUGUGGUGGUUACGUCCAACCUGCGAGAUGGUUUCUCCCUCCUCAUCCAGUCAGCAGGACUGGGAGGAAUGAAACACAAUGCCGUCCUGAUGGCCUGGCCAGUGGGCUGGAAACAGGCCCGGGACUCCUCUGCGAGGAGGAAUUUUAUAGAAACUGUAAAAGAGACGACGGCAGCACAUCAAGCUCUGCUGGUUGCUAAGAACAUCGACCACUUCCCUGGUAACCAGGAGCGUCUGAAGCAGGGAACCAUUGACGUGUGGUGGAUCGUUCAUGAUGGUGGACUGCUCAUGCUGCUGCCAUUUUUACUGAGUCAACACAAGGUAUGGAGGAAGUGCAAAAUGAGAAUCUUCACAGUAGCACAGAUGGACGACAACUCCAUCCAGAUGAAGAAAGAUCUCCAGAUGUUUCUCUAUCAUCUUCGACUGGACGCAGUGGUGGAGGUGGUGGAAAUGCAUGAAAGUGAUAUCUCCGCCUUCACCUACGAGAAGACGCUGGUGAUGGAGCAGAGAUCUCAGAUGCUCAAACAGAUGCAGCUGUCUCGCACUGAGAGGGAGAGAGAGAUUCAGAGCAUCACAGAUGUGUCACGCGGCUCCAUAAAGAGGAAGACGCCGUCUGGUGUUGGCGCCCCACCCCUCAACACCCUGUGUAUACCAGAGGAUGAGGCCCAGCUGAUCCACGACCGCAACACGGCCUCUCACACUACAAUGACCGACAAAGCUGCAGGCGCCACACCAGAUCGUGUUCACAUGACCUGGACCAAAGACAAACUGGUCAACGAGAGGAACAGACAGAGAGAAAGCAUGGCGGUUAAAGACUUGUUCAAUAUGAAACCUGAGUGGGAGCACCUCAACCAGUCCAAUGUGCGGAGGAUGCACACUGCGGUGAAGCUCAAUGAGGCAGUUGUCAAGAAAUCCCAAAAUUCACAGCUGGUUUUGCUCAACAUGCCAGGCCCACCGAAGAACAUGAAGGGGGACGAGAACUAUAUGGAGUUUCUGGAGGUUCUGAUGGAAGGCUUAGAUCGCGUCCUGUUGGUUCGUGGAGGAGGUCGGGAGGUCAUUACCAUCUACUCGUAGCACCAAUAAUUCCGACCUGUUUAAAAGGACACUGGAGAAAACAUGGUUGGACAGUGGGAAAGCAGAGAGCAGGGGACCUUUAACAAAGGAGGGCCCGGCUUCAACCUGGGACAUGGACAAAGAUGUGUGGCAGAGGACAAACAGUACAAACCCCCUCACUCUGUCAGGAGAGAAGAAGCUUGAGCGCUGCUUGACAUUCUGGAGGACUGUGGGAAAGACUGGGGAGUCUUCCUACGACACAGCCUGGGCUCAGUGUGUCGUCUCAGGGCACAGAGGACGCUCCACAACCCUGUCGUCCUGGGGCUGCGUAACGCCUCCACAUCUCCGCACUGUGAGGUCAUCCUGCUUAGAAGCUCUUUCCUCUGAAAGAGACGCCUUUACAGUUCAGCAUGUCAUAUUUCUUCACCAGACACCUCUCUGGAAGAAAGGACUCCUGACUACAACUUGUUUUGUAGUGUUUUGUAGCUACCAGAUUAUCCCAUUGGUUUCAAUGAGGAAUGCUGACAUUGUUGAGAAUGUCUUCAUUUCAGUGCCAUUGAGGAAAACAUUCACCGAUGACCGACAUUGGAAUGAAAAAAAUGAGUUGAACAUGUUUUUAAGUCAUAAUAUUUUGUAGAAGAUCACGUGUGCCCAUGUCACUGCACAGGACAUUGAAACAAAACUGUCAACUGUGAGGACAGUUUCAGGGUAAAUGUGGAGAUUGAAAGAUUGUUUUAAACACUGCUCACUUGUUUUAAUUUGAGCAAAACAUUCAUGUAUAUUGUGUUGCUUCAUACAUUUUUAUGUCCCCGUAAAUGGGCUAAUCAUAAAAUGUAAAGGGAUCAGAUGCCAGAACAGAACAAUGAUUUACAGGCACCUACACGUUUAAUGUCUGACAGUAAUCAUGUGGGAGGUUGCUGACACAGUGAUUUGUGGCGGUGAAUCCCAAGCCAAAUUCUUCCAGAGAGAUUGAAAUUAACGUUCAGGUUGAUCCCUCACUCCAUGUGAGUGUGACAGCAAAUUAACUAGAGCAUAAUUUUGUGAGGUCAAGGAAAGGAAGACUACUCGUGAUUGUUGAUUGUCUUCUUGUUGCGCACAUCUCACCACAAACUCUCUAUCUUCGUCAGUGGAUGUGUAUGGCUCUGCUUUUACAUCCUGAGAAAUUAGUUUUCUUCCAAUCCGGAUAUCCUGCUGUGUUCUCACAUUGGAUUCUGCUGUGUUAAUGCUAGAGGGUGUCAGCAGAAACUCAGAGGCUCUCACUCGGACAUACAUGUGGGAGAAAGGAGAAACUGUGGAGGAUCUCCGGGGUUCAGUGCAUGUCUGAAAGCAGCUUUAUUGAUUUAGUACAAAUACUGCUGUUCUCUCCAUCGAGUAAAUACACGUCUGAUGCUCACUCUUUCUACCUUGGUGUCACAAUCGGUAUUUAUCACUAUAUCAUUUCCAUUAUACUUGGGGAAAUCUACUGAUAGCUACAAAGGAAAAAAAAAUAAAUUAGAUUUACUACAUCACAUUUACAUGUAAUUAUUAUUCAGAUGCUGUUAUCUAAAUUCACUUACACCUUUCAAUAAAACAAGAAUUACCUGAAUGAUAAGUAUAUAUAAUAUAUACAAGUUACAUCAAAACACUACCUUGGAAAAACACAGACUAAUCUCCAUGUCUAUAUUGUUUUGUCCACAUAUUUCCAGCUUUAGCAAGAGUUCAGAACGAUGUCCAGCUACAGUAUAUCAGAGCUGUGGGAUCAUUUGCCUUUCAUAUGGAUACAUUAUGACCAAGAUCUUCAGAUCAUCCAAAGGAAAGUGUUGAUUCAGACAUGAGAAAACGUUUAGAGAUAGGAAAUGUCAAAUCAGGACAUACAAAGGAAAUGAAGCUGAAUGCAGUGUACAUUUCUGAAUUCCCUCUUCUUAUCAACUCUAAUUUUCCUUCCUGUUCCUCUGACCCACUUUCAAAUGAGAGCCCAGCCCAAUUCUAAAAGCUGAAUUGAUGAGAUAUCUUUGGGCCUUCCUUGGCUUUUUAGUCUCAUAAAGAUGUGAUAAACAGCCAGUGACUCUGUGACCUGUUGCUUUAAAUCUUGAAGGCUGUAGCAGUAUGAUGUAGUGUCUGUAUUUAAACAUUUACACUUAUGAUAUGGUUUUAUCAAGAUAAAAUGUUUUAUUGACUCAAAGAUAUGACAUAUAAAUUAAUAUUACACUGAGCCCGGCCACAUUUUGAUCACAUAUACAUCUAUUGAGUAUCCUACGGCAGUGCAACUGUGUACAUCUACACUGUUGAAAGUUCAGUAUAUGAUUUUGAUGUCGCUCAACAUAUCACUGUUUUAUUAAAAACCCAACUUUAUUUGUCCCCGGAGGGCACAGAGCAUGUCAAGACAACAAGUAAAAAUCAGUGCAAUAUUAUAGAACACGCUCUGCAUGGCUGGUGGUUAAGUUAACAAGUCUACAUGGAAAUCAUUUCUGUGAGACCAGGUCCCUGUUCUUUAUGUAAGGAUAACUGUGUUCAACCAGAUUAAACUUUUUUUUAAACUGC